CCCCAACUUUCUUCCCCUCUCUACGCAAUUCUCCUACACAGCACCAAAUCUAAUCUCAUCGCCGACUAUAAGGUAACUUUCGUGUUGCUGGUAUUGCCAGUUUUAUAACUUCGGAUUUUUAUCAGUGGCAUUUCCCGAUCAUUCUCUCUCUCUUGAAUUUGAGCUAGAUUCCCUAGCAAGCGCCGCAAGUUCGAUUUGUUAGCAUAUUAUUACAGUUUAUUAGUCGAAUAUUACAUUCCUAGGUUCCACAACAGUUUUAUCUUUUAAUUAUUCAAGAAAUAGCCUUUUGAAUCAUUACUUGAUUAACCUUGAGCUGUUGAUGGCGCUUUAUAUUCAUUUUUUUAUUAUAAGAAUCCUCAGAUGAAGUAGAAAGCUUAUCCCUUUCGUUUCGGUUAGGUUGUGCUAGUCCGCUUUUCUGUAAUCCGGUUUAGGCGAAUCAUUUAGAGAGAGUAAGUCGUUUGCAGUGGAAUAUUUACGUUUAGAUGAGGAAUACCAAACUUCGAAAUGUAUGAAACUAAAUUGAAUGCAGUGGUUUGGUUACUUCCAAAUUUGAAAUUUUCAUCUGCAUAAACUAGAUAGAGUAAUGGUGUCGGCUUUCUUUACUUGGGGGUCUGAAAAGUUUUAGUAAAUGCUUGUGGUAUCAGUGGUCCGUCGGCGACUCCCUCUGGUGGGUGCCUUCUGUGUUCUUAGUUUGGGCUUCUCCAAUCUCUGCACCGUUUCUCUAUCUUCAAGAACAGGGACGAAAUUUGGUACACAGUCUGAGAAUAAGAAAUUCCAUACUGUAAGGAUGGAAGCAAGUAAGACGACUGUGCCCAGCAUUGUUGUCUAUGUUACAGUUCCGAACAAGGAAGCGGGGAAAAAGUUGGCUGAAAGCAUAGUCAAAGAGCGGCUCGCAGCAUGUGUUAAUCGAGUACCAGGUGUUGAAUCAGUUUAUGAGUGGAAAGGAGAGAUACAAACUGAUUCUGAGGAGCUGCUUAUAAUCAAGACCAGGGAAUCUCUUCUAGAGGCUUUAACUGAGCAUGUGAAGGCAAAUCAUGAAUAUGAGGUGCCUGAGGUGAUUUCCUUGCCCAUAACCGGUGGCAAUCUCCAGUAUUUGGAGUGGAUUAAGAACAGUACUAGGGACUAAGAUCACAUGCAGGCGCAUUAUCAGUUUGCAUUGCAUUAAAUAAGUCUUAAUGUACAUACUUAUCAUCUGAUUGCGCCCGUGUGUGCUCUGGAAUGUGGAUAUUCUCAUAUCUAUGUGAUGAAUUAUGUUGUCGAGUAGCAAACUGUAUACGUUUUUUUUUUUAUCGUUACUAAGUGCAGGUAGAUGUGGGCGUAAUGGAAACAAGAAUGUCUGGUUGAAAUGAGUGAUUAUUUAUAGGCUGUGCACAUAUAGUUUCAUGUUGUGAAAUGUGAAGGCAUGGUUAGAAACUGGUUUAUGCAAA